AUGAAGGACUUGGAGUUUGAGGUGAAAGAGAAGGUUCUCUGCUAUGAGCCUGACAAGGACAAAGAAAAGAUUCUUUAUGAUGCGACAAUUGUGGAGAUUAGAAAGAAGUCGGAUUCUCCGGGAUUUCAGUACAUGAUCCAUUUCAAAGAAUGGUCAAAAUCCUUCGACAGAUGGGUCGACAAGAACCUCCUUUUAAAAGUGACGCCAGAGAAUAAGAAGAUCCAGCGAGAUUUGUUCAUCAAAAUUAUUAAAGAAAAUGGCGACAGGGACGGGUUCAAAAGUGUUUUUCUUUGA